UAUUUAUGUGUUUUUAGAGAAACACUAACACCCACUCUUUUGUUUCAGCACAGCAUUGGACUCCUCUCCCUCUCUAACCUAACAGUUAAGCAUCGCACUCCUCUUCAUCUUUAACCUAACAAUGUCACUCCCAAUAUCAAAGUUAAGGUUCUCUCUUUCUUAUUCCAUUUCCAAGUUUUCUCCUUUUCUUUCAAACCCUUCUUCCUUCUCUUCCUUUCACUUACACUAUCACUCUCAGCCUCCUUCACCUGACCAUGACAAUGUUCACGACGUGGUCUCCCAAUUUCGUCGCAUGUUUCAUAUGCGUCCUGUUCCUCCCAUCUACGAAUUUGGGCAGAUUUUGGGAUCUCUUACACGGAUGAAACACUAUUCUACAACUAUUUCCCUUUUUAAGCAAAUGGAACUCAAGGGUAUUCAGAGUAAUUUUGUCAUACUCAACAUCGUCAUCAAUUGUUUCUGCCACUUACAUCAAAUGACCUUCGCUUUCUCUGUAUUUGCCAAAAUUCUCAAACUUGGUUAUCAUCCAAAUGUCAUAACCUUAAGUACCCUCAUGAAAGGUCUUUGUCUUAAUAGUGAGGUCAAGAAAGCACUUACCUUUCAUGACAAGGUAGUUGCACAAGGAUUUCGACUUAACGAGGUUAGUUACGGGAUUUUGAUCAAUGGCUUAUGCAAGGUAGGAAAAACCGGAGCUGCCAUCAAAUUGCUCAGAAUAAUAGAAAGUGGAUUAUGUAAGUCUAAUGUGGUAAUGUACUCCACUAUAAUUGACUCUCUAUUCAAAGAUAAUCAUGAAAAAGAGGCUUAUGAUAUGGUUAAUAAAAUGAUAUCAAAUAAUAUCAUGCCUCAUGUUUAUAUCUAUAAUAUAAUGAUUGAUGCUUUGUGUAAGGAAGGAAAGAUAAAAGAAGCUAAGAAUGUGCUAACUGUGAUGGUGAAAGCUUGUGUGAAACCUGAUAUUGUUACCUUUAGCACUUUGAUGGAUGGAAAUUUUUUAGUUAACCAGGUGCAAAGUGCUAAACACAUAUUUAAUGCUAUGACCCAAAUUGGAGUAACUUCUGAUGUUUACAGCUACAGUAUCAUGAUUAAUGGAUUAUGUAAGAGUAAAAGAGUGGAUGAGGCCAUGAAUCUCUUUCAGAAAAUGCACAAGAGGAACAUGAUUCCUGAUGCAGUGACUUACACUACUCUUAUAGAUGGUUUCUGCAAAUCUGGGAGAAUAGCUGAUGUUUGGGAUCUUAUUGAUGAGAUGCAUGAUAGAAAUCAACAAUUAAAUCUAAUCACUUACAAUUGCUUGAUACAUGCUUUAUGUAAAAACUGUCAUCUAGACCAGGCAUUUGAGUUAUUCAAGACAAUGAUGGAAAAGGGAAUCCUGCCAAAUAUGUACAUCUGGAACACACUUAUUGAUGGAAUGUGCAGAGGAGGAAGACUUGAGGAGGCACAAGAGACCUUCCAAGAUCUUUUAAUUAAAGGCUAUCCUUUAGACGUACAUAGUUAUACUAUUAUGAUCAAUGGUCUUUGUAAAAAAGGUUUAAUUGAUGAGGCAUUUACCUUAUGGUCCAAAAUGGAAGACAAUGGCUGCUUACCUGAUGCAAUAACUUUCGAAAUAAUGAUUACAACCCUUUUUGGAAGGGAUGAGAAUGAUAAGGCAGAGACAUUUCUUCGUGAAAUGAUAUUUAGAGGCUUGUUGACAUGAUAAAAGGUGAAAUCUCAUUUCUGUAUUUAGUUACAUUUAUGUCUUGCUACAUAUUGUACUUGAAUGGUUUGUAUAUGUUGUGUCUGUUUGAUCAGAGAAGUGUGACCUUACGCAAUUGAUGCUUGUCUUGCUACGAUUUGGAUGUGAAGAGUUGAAAAUUUUUAACUGUUUUUUUUACAUUGCAUUGCAUUGCAUUGUCUGUCAAGACCAAAACCCUGACCUCCCUCCAUAAACUCUAAUGGUUUUUUUUUUUCAAGUUUAUUUAACUUUCUAGAGGUUCUCUACCACUUAAGUAAUUGAGGAAGUGUACUAUCAUACUAUAUUAUCUUAUUGAUAUUGAUAUAAGUCAUGACAAGUUUCAAAUUGUGUAAAUAAGGUUCAAUCCAUUGAAAAGAGGGCCCACCGGUAAAUCCAUGUAAUUGAAAUUUUGGAUAUUUUGUUAUAGGUAGCAUAUGCAAUGACUCUUUCUGGCUUUUACUGCAGCGUCCCUGUCUCUUAAAUAUUUUACCUUGAAGUUUGAAAUUGUCUACUAUAUUAAUUGCUAAUCAUGGUGGUGACAACAUAAGGAUCCAUGUUAGAAGCAGGCUUUCUGUCCUCAAAUUAACAUUUACCUUUUUUCUGUGUCUCUUCCAACUCUAAUUUUUUUACCUUGAAGUUUUGAAUAUUUUGUUAUCAAGUUGUAGCAUAUGCCAUUACACUUUCUGGCUUUUGCUGCAGGAUCCAGUCUCUUGAAUAUUUUACCCUGAACUUCUUCAACAAAUCCUACAGUAUCACACCAUCCUUCGUGUGUGUAUGAUUCCAAAAUAGUUGAGUUGUUAUCACUUUAUUAAGUUAUGAGGUGCCUCCAAUUGAUAGUUUCAUAAGAAAACUGCAAUUAAAUUAACAUUGUAUCAUAAGAAACAGUAAAAGGUGGCAUUUUAAAGAUACAAUUCUUUGUGGGAUUAUAAUCUGCAUAAGAAGUAUGAAAUUGUCUGCUGUAUCAGUCCCCUGAUAGACCCUGGGAGACUGGGACUUCAAGAGAAGUGUGAAAUUGUCUUUUUUUUAUGAGAAGUGGACUUCAAGAGUCUGGGACUGUCCCACAUAUUCUAGAUAUGUUUUUUUUAUGCUUCUUGCAUAUAUAGUUUACAUCUAUUAUGAUAGCCUAUAUGUUACUGUCUUAUAUAUCUGACAGUGUUUUAUCACUCCAAUUCACGUGCUGUGUAUAAACAUAGUCAAAUCUGUUGCAGAGACUUAAAACUAGUCACAAUAUUCAUUCACUAAAUUCUUGGAAUGCAGGUAAGUUCAUUUAAUCAUUUCCUGCACAUAUGAACAAAAUAAAAUUGUGUAGCAGAGCAAACAGUUCAUUUAUGCAUA